AUGGACUCCGUGAGCACGGACCUCGCGCAUCUGCUCAGCUCGCUCCGCCUCGAGGCGCUCGCGCCCGCCUUUGCCGAGGAGGCGAUCACCGACGAGAGCGCGCACGAGGUUGCCCAGUGGCUGCUCAAGCCGUACCUCGUCAUCGACCCUGGCGAGCUCAAGUCCAAGGUGCUCCGGCUGACGCGGGAGGCGAACCGGCACCAGCACGCGGGGCUGCACGCGAACGCGGCCGCCACCUACACCCAGGCCCUCGCGCUCGAGCCGCCCAAUGCGCGCGCCGGGGCGGCCGAGGCGGUGGCGCUGGGGCUCAAGGCCGACCCGAGCAGCGCGCCGCUCAAGCAGCUGCAGGCAAAAAUGCGCGCCGACGCGGCGGGGCUAUGA